AGACACGUCAGCUCAAAACACACACUAUUAAACUUAAACUUGUAAAAAAAUACAUCGGUAUAAUAGCGCAAUAUUGGUUCCUCCUUAUGUGGUGAGGUAUUGUCCUGGCUUCAUUACCAGUCUCGUACAAUCAAGGAUGACAUUUAUUGUAAAGUUUAGAAUAUAUAUUAGAAUCGUGCAAGCUUAUAUUUUAAAGUUUGUAUAAACUAACAUUGCGUUUUGCAUUAUUUAAGUUGUACUUUUCGAAUGUACAUUUUGCAGACACAGAUAUAGGAACGCAAUUCAAACAAAAUAUAUAAACGCCUGUUUUACAAAAGUUUUCACUUGAAAGAAAAAAAUGGCAGCUCAAGUGGUGGCGAUUAUGAAAGUUUUGUUGUUGGUUUUGUUUGUUGAGUUGACCGGAUGUACAGAUCCGAAAGUCUAUUGGUCGAUGGACAAGACGUUGGGGAACCAAAUUACACCAGACAUUGGGAAUGUGGCGGUAUUUACUUUCAACACUGGAGGAUCAUUCGUGAACGGUUACAAUGGCAAUGCGUUACGUCUGUACCAAACAAGCGACACAUUCAAUGGAGUCGGGGCCGUCGCGGAUAAGUGCGUAUUCGAACCAGCCAACCAAUGCAAUGGAGGAUUAACAGCAGCCGCGUGGUUGCGACCGCAUGCGUGGGCUGCUGAUACAAUCGUUAUAACAACGGGUAAACCCCCCCUAUUGGUCCCCGGAUUCACCAUUUAUCCGCGAACGUCAAUAUUUCAACGAGAGAUAAUUGCUGACGUCAUAUCGUCCAGUGGUUAG